AUGGACGGGGACCACGUCUUACGCGAUUUUAAAGAUAUUGAGACAAAGUUGGGUCGCAAAGUUCCUGAAAGUCUCAUUCGUUCCCUUGCAGGAGGAAAUAACCAUCACGACAAACAUGAGGAUACGAAAACGGCGACACCGAAAAACCAGUCGAACUCUGCUGACUUGAAACGACUGGAGAGCAAGAUGUUAUUUUUGAAACAGGAAAUGGUAAGUGGUUGCCUUAAAGAUGCGUCUGUCCCUGUCGGUUUGGGUCAGUGAGUUGCUUCAAACCACAGGAGGUUGGUGGCACCUUAAUUGGGGAGGACGGGCUCGUGGUAAUGGCUGGAGCAGAAUUAGUGGAAUGGUAUCAAAUACAUCAAACACAUGGUUUUCAUGUGUUUUAUGCCAUUCCAUUGGCUCCGUUCCAGCAUUUAUUAUGAGCCAUCCUCCCCUCACCAGCCUCCUGUGUUUCAUACAGUAAGCCUUUGAUAAUGUUUCUUGAAUACUGAAGCAGACAUCCAAAACGGGUACUGUUGCAAUUCAAACAGGCUUUUUUAAGUCAGUUCACUUCUUUUUCAAAACCUUUCUGUAUAUUCAGUGGUGCAUUGCAUUAAGUGCAAUUUACCCAAGGCCCGCAGUGACUGGUCUGGAGCGUGAAGUCACCAGCUCUGCUGGUCGGCUACUGCGUAGCAACUAAUGAUGUAUAUAAACCCUGGAUUUCGGAUGCUAUGUAUUGGCCAUUGAGAAGCUUUGAAGCCACCGGUCAGCACUCCCCAGUAGGAACAGUCCUCCAUAGGAACCAAUGGAAUUCUACAGUAUUUCAAGGACAAAAUUACAUUUAUUUAAGUAUUGUGUUGUUGUAGUGGGGACAGUAACAUUAGUAAUCCCAAAGAAUUAUACUUUAAGGAAAAAAAAAAAUAUAUAUUAUUUCAUUUUUUAUUUGUAUGUUUAGCUCACAUAAUAUAAUUUAAAAUAAUACAUUAAAGUGUCUGUAAUAGAAUAAAUAUGGCAAAAACAAAUGUAGAAUGUAAAUGCAUUUCUAUAGCUUCCAAAAUAUUUUUAACAAUGGUGAGGGAGUGCCAAGAUGGAGGCAUGGUGGCUUCAACACAGCACCCCCUACAAGUCAUCUAGUGUAUAUAUAAAUCAUUGGUAGAAGCCCUGGUCUUCCUUAGAAAGCAUAUGGAAAGGUCAAAAAAUAUAAAUAAUAGAUGGCCACUUUGGGCUCUAAAAUUAGUUCUACGGUGAAUUAUUCCGCAACAAAUCCAGAUAUUUAAUUAAAUAGUGAUCCAUUAGACUACUACAUUUGUCUUCACACAGGACCAUGUGCUGACACAGACCAGUCACUCACACCGUCAUGAACACUCUUUGCACGUGUAUCUAAGGGGGUGUGGUGUGCAUCAAGCAGCUGUUGGGUUGAAUCUCUCAGGCAGGAUGAAAACGACUACAUCGACCAUGAUCCUUUGCUAGUUAUGGCCACUUUAACAAUGAUUUCACCUUAGAGAAUUUUUGCCAUUCAGCCCCAUUCAACAAUAUGGCGUGCUUCAAAUUCUAAUACUUCCGGCUUUCAUGCGCCAUCAGGAGUUUUCCAUAGGAAUACGUGGAUUCGUCAGCGCUAUCACUAUCUACUGGUUUUAAUAUCUAUGAAUUUACCCAAGCUAACAAAAUAGCUUUUAGCUGUAGUAGUCUGGUUGUUGUCCAAGGUUAUUGCAGCUGUUUUAUUUAGGCUAUAUUGAAAGUUUACUGACCUGUGAUAUCUUAAUUCAACAUGUUAUGCAAUAACCUACAGAUGCCUGAUGGCAAUCCAACUUUAUUGCCCUUGUGUUCAUAGGCUAUACUUUUGCCUUCUCAGAAGUUUAUGGAUGACUUAUAAUGCUGAUCUUAAGGCAAUGGAGAUAUACUGUAUAAAAUGUUAGCCCAUUCAUAGACGCUAACUACCUUUAGCGCCUAUUGAUGGUAGUAUCUUCUGGCUGGGGGAGUUUUGUUAAGAGCCCUGACACUUGCUCUAAACGUUAACACGCAUCACUUGCGGUACGGUUUUGGAAACAUAAGGAAGGUAUCUUUCAUAUCAGUGAGAAAUAUAUAUACAGUGCAUUCGGAAAGUAUUCAGACCCCUUCCCUUUUUCCACAUUUUGUUAUGUUACAGCCUUAUUCUAAAAUUGAUUAAUUAAAACAUGUUCCUCAUCAAUCUACACACAAUACCCCAUAAUGACAAACAAAAACAGGUUUUUAGACAUUUUUGCAAAUGUAUAAAAAUAUAAAACAGAAAUAUCUUAUUUACAUAAGUAUUCAGUCCCUUUGCUAUGAGACUCGAAGUUGAGCUCAGGUGCAUCCUGUUUCCAUUGAUCAUCCUUGAGAUGUUUCUACAACUUGAUUGGAGUCCACCUGUGCAAAUUCAAUUGACUGGACAUGAUUUGGAAAGGCACCUGUCUAUAUAAGGUCCCACAGUUAACAGUGCAUGUCAGAGCAAAAACCAUGCCAUGAGGUCGAAGGAAUUGUCUGUAGAGCUCUGAGACAGGAUUAUGUCGAGGCACAGAUCUGGGGAAUGGUACCAAAACAUUUCUGCAGCAUUGAAGGUCCCAAAGAACACAGUGGCCUCCAUCAUUCUUAAAUGGAAGAAGUUCGGAACCACCAAGACUCUUCCUAGCGCUGGCCGCCCGGCCAAAUUGAGCAAUUGGGGGAGAAGGGCCUAGGUCAGGGUGGUGACCAAGAACCCGAUGGUCACUCUGACAGAGCUCCAGAGUUCCUCUGUGGAGAUGGGCGAACCUUCCAGAAGGACAACCAUCUUUUCAGCACUCCACCAAUCAGGCCUUUAUGGUAGAGUGGCCAGACGGAAGCCACUCCUCAGUAAAAGGCACAUGACAGCCCGCUUGGAGUUUGCCAAAAGGCACCUAAAGGACUCUCAGACCAUGAGAAACAAGAUUCUCUGGUCUGAUGAAACCAAGAUUGAACUCUUUGGCCUGAAUGCCAAGCGUCACGUCUGGAGGAAACGUCGCAUGAUCUCUACGGUGAAGCAUGGUGGUGGCAGCAUCAUGCUGUGGGAAUGUUUUUCAGCGGCAGGGACUGGGAGACUAGUCAGGAUCGAGGGAAAGAUGUACUGAGCAAAGUACAGAGAGAUCCUUGAUGAAAAUCUGCUCCAGAGCGCUCAGGAUCUCAGACUGGGGCGAAGGUUCACCAUCCAACAGGACAACAACCCUAAGCACACAGCCAAGACAACGCAGGAGUGGCUUCGGGACAAGUCUGAAUGUCCUUGAGUGGCCUAGCCAGAGCUCAGACUUGAACCCGAUCGAACAUCUCCCAUCCAACCUGACAGAGCUUGAGAGGAUCUGCAGAGAAGAAUGGGAGCAACUCCCCAAAUACAGGUGUGCCAAGCUUGUAGCGUCAUACCCAAGAAGACUCGAGGCUGUAAUCGCUACCAAAGGUGCUUCAACAAAGUACUGAGUAAAGGGUCUGAAUACUUAUGUAAAUGUAUUAUUUUUGCUUUGUCAUUAUGGGGUAUUGUGUGUAGAUUGAUGAGGGCAAAAAAGUUUUCAUCCAUUUUAGAAUAAGGCUGUAGCUUAACAAAAUGUGAAAAAAGUCAAGGGGUGUGAAUACUUUCCGAAUGCACUGUAAGACAGCAAGAGUACUCUGCUGUGUUCCCUCCUCCCUACUAUAGUGAAUGGCACAUUUGGGCCAUCUAAGGCUUUUGUGCUGUUGUCACCUCUUACAAUCAGAACUUAAUCUUUAAUCCAAUCAAGCUGCUUUUCUCUUGGCCAACUGGCUGUUUCACUUCACAAUAGUCCACCACAGUGGACGCAUCAUAAUACCCAUAAAAACACAGAAAUGGUUCCAAUGGUUUUUCCGCCAUUCAUUUUUCACAUCGUGAAUUUUACAAAAAAAUGUGUUUGUUUGGUGCAGUCUUACCUUGGUGUGACGGUAUAAUAGCUGUGUAAUUCUCUCUCGGACAAGGUGAGUUUUAUCAAUAUAUUCGCCUCAAUUUUCUCAAAAAAAUUCACAAUGCUAAAUAUUGAUAAAAGUGACCUUGUCCGAGAGAUUUGCGCAUUCAUCAAAACGUCACGCCAGGGUAAGCCUAGACGAAACACAGACCUUAUAUGAAGUAGUCCUAGAUGGAAAAAUGAAUGGUGAAAAAAACGAUUGGAACCAUUUCCGGUUUUUAUGACUCAUACGGUGGUACUCAAUAGACUACCAGUUGUCUGUAUCUUGGUCAUCUUGUGUAUUCCUCCACAAAUAUUUCAUUCAAAUACUGUAUAUUGUUAUAACAUAGGUAUAUUAACAUUUUGUAAAAAAAGAAAAUAAAAAAGAAAUGCCUAUAACUCCCAUUUUAGACAAAAGCCCAGAAUAAUCUGACUUGUUUUAAAUAGAGUUCAGAAAAUAUCUUAAACUUAAUUCUUGUAAGUAUUGUUGGAGGGCGGGUAAAUCAAUAAAGAUGAAUAUAAAUGACUAACAAACAAAAAAUCAAGCAGCAGUAAAUCACAUUAGCUAGACCCAUGUUGUGAUUCACCACCCCAUUCGAACCAACUUUAAUUGACACUGCUAAUACUGUUGUAAAAUUCCGCUAUGCUCCGGCUCAACGUGUGUGCACACAUAAAGGGCGGGUUAUAUCCGCAAAGCAAACACUGGCAGAAUUAUGAGCUAAACGGGGCCUGUCACGAUCCACUCCCAAGAAAGGGCUCUGUUUUAUAAAGCCAGUUGUCCGGAACAUUGUAUCAGCUUUGUCAGCCACCAUCUGGCGUAAUGCUUUUUGACUGCUGCCACUGACUGUCCAUUGGCGUAAACAGCUGGCUAUUUGUCGCUGGUAGCCUGGGGGAAUCUUUCUGAAUGAGACCAUAGGCUACCUCCCCCCACCCCUACUCUAUGGGGAUUGUCAUGGUGCGGUGGUAAAUCAAUGGUGGUACUGUAUAGGCAUCUAGGUGAGAAUGUCCUUCUAUGCGCUAUGCAGUCACAGACCAAGCUGUUACAUGACAAGGAUGGAAAGAUCUCCUGUGGCAUGCUGUUCUGUCUUUGUCUACAUGUCACUUCCAAAGAGUAGAGUGGUGUCUUUACUAUCCCCCAGGGGCAAUUUGAUGUUCACCAUUACUUUGCCAAUGCAAAAGACAUGCUGGUGUUGGCUUCUCACAAAAAUUGAAUAGGAAAGCAUUGUAUCUAAAAAACUAAUACGAUUGUAGGCCUACUUGUUGGAAGUGUGUUAUUGUGUGACUUUAUAAUACAUGUAAAAAUGUGGGUUUCAAGUUGUCCAGUUUCUAGUCCAAAUCUAUAAUGACAAAGGCCUAAAAUGCAUCUCCUUUUCACACCAAACGCAGGCCCACCUCCGUGCCAUCGAUGUCAAGCUGAUGCAGCAGCUGAUGUCCAUCAACGACGGCAUCGAAUCCAUCAAAUGGGUGAUGGACGACAAGGAGGGAAUAGCCAGUCGUGAAAGCAGCCUGACAGGCAGCCUGUACAGCCUAUCAGACAGCCAGGACGACACCUCUUCACGCGGCAGCUUCAUCAGUCUGCACGACGGACACAGCGAUGGAUUGGACGGGAUAUCCGUGGGCAGCUAUCUGGAUACGUUGGAUGAGUUAGCAGAAGACCUUCCAGAACACCGUUCUCCAACAGACCUUGAUCUUUUCUCUGAUAAACCCGUUAUAGAGGACGAGACUUUCAGCAAGCCAACAAUGCGACUCAGAGUGGACUCCGAUGAGUACUACUGCUUUGGAUAG